GGCAGAGAGCCGCGUCGCAGAGCCCCGCUGGAGUCCCCGGCGGUCCCGGGAGGAAGAGGAUGCCGGGGCUGUGCUGAGAGAAAACCUCAACUUUUUGGAUGUACUAUUGAGUGGGUGUAUCUUUGGCAUGGAUUAUGUGUUUGGUCUUCUACAACCUAAGGCAACAAUGUAUGUGCUACAUAUAGAAGAAUUAAUUGUAGGAAGAGACAAGUUGAAAAGCUGUACUACAUUAAGAAGCUGGUUUGAAAAUGUUUGCAUUUCUUGCCAAUAACAUACAACCAAGAGAGCCCUGUAGUCCAACAGUAAAAUAACAACAAAGUUAUUUCUUUUUUUUCCCUGGUUCAAAAGGAGCAAGUAGUCAGCAUGUGUUUUAUCAUGUGUUUCUUGGUUAUUUAGCACUCUUUUAUUAUGCAGAAAUAAUGGAGUGAGGAUUUGUAGACACUCCCUUCCCACCACACAUUCAGCAGCUAAAGACUGUCAAGAUGACCUCUGAAGAGAUGACAGCUUCUGUUCUGGUCUCUGUCGUGCAGGGUAAAGUGAUACCUGCUCAGUCAGCUGGAGAUGAAAAUACUGAAAAUGCUUUGGACACCAGUGUUAUAAAAAGACAUACUGCCAGUCCAGGAAGGCAAACCACACGCGCUGUCUCAUAUUUACACAGGCUGGAAGAAGAAAGUCUUCAGGGCUCAGUGCCCAAAAUAUUCACUUUGACAAAUAAACAAAUGACCGAUGACAAUAUUAAUGAAAGCUUCUGGAAGAGGAAUAACGCCAUCUCUGAUUCAGUGCAAUUUCUUAACAUUAACUGUAACAUUGUGCAGAAGAACUACAAGAGCAAUAUCCCGUACGGUCAGUUGUAUAAAUCUUGUGGCCCUUUAGCAGGGGGAGAGGCGUGCCUAGAAACUGGAAUUCCUGUUUCACUGGAAAGAGCUAUGCUUGCUGAAAUUCAGUUGAAAAUGAAUGGACCUUCACUAAGAAGCCAGACAGCAGUAAAUAAGAGUGAUGGCAAUGAUACUGAUGAAGUAGCCUUUUUUCACUUUCAUUGUGCUAGUGAAAGGAAUAUAUCAAAGGCUUUGUGCAAAUUGCACAAUGGCUUCAUAUUGAAUGACUGCUUACAGCCAGUAAGUGUUGGCAAUAGUAGCACUACUGCUUCCCCGGCAUGCACUUGCACAUUAGUGGAGUUGACAAAUAAUUGUGAGAAUGAAAAUGGGCAACACUUGUAUGACGACGCUUUGAGGGAUAAGUACUUCUGUCUGGAGAGAGCACCACGAAAGGCUAAAGUGUGCUCGGGUCACAGCUUCUUUGGAAACAACUUUACUGGAAGGAUGCCCUCAAAGCCCUUUCUGAGCCAUUUUGAAGACUGCAAUGAUAACUGUGAAGAAGAGAUGGAGGAGGAUUUUUUUAGAAACAAAAAGGAACGUUCCACAUUAUUAAUAAGACGUUUUUGUAAAAAUGAUAAGGAGGUUAAAAAAUCAGUUUAUACUGGAACGAGAGCAAUUGUUAGAACUUUACCUUCAGGGCACAUUGGAACUGUUGCUUGGAAUUAUGUUGAGCAGAAGAAAAACAACAGUGGCUUGAAGCGUUCUAGGAUUACAACAGAACAGCUAACUAUAAUUCAGAGCUUAAUAAAGUGGGAAUUUAAUUCCUUUCUUGAGACCUCUUUAUGGUAUGAGAUCCUCAAUACUGUGAGGGAAGAAGGAGCAGAAGAUGUCUUUGAAUACUUUCCUCAUCUUUUGAGAAAACUCCCAGCCUUACAUACAACCUGUAAAUGCAAAGGUGAUGGUUUACGUGUAAAACCAUGUGCAACAGGUGCUUGCUCUCAGUAUCGUGCCACUUUACAGAGGACUGCGCUCUCUAACUACAUAACUGGUGCUUUACUAGAAGCAACUACAUCAUUAGGAGCAAGAAGUGGUCUUCUAAAUAUCUUCGGAGGAUCAGCUGGAAGAACAAUGCUUAAAGAACGUCAAGCGUGUACAUCUAUGGCUGGCUCCAGUGUCCUUCCCUCCAACGUGGCUGGUAUCAGCAAGGAGCUCAUUGAUCUGCAGCACCUCAUUCAGUUCCCAGAGGAGGUUGCCAGCAUUCUCACUGAACAGGAGCAGGAGCUCUACCGGAAGGUCUUACCCAUUGACUACCUCUGCUUCUUAACCAGGGAUUUGGGUAACGCUGAGUGUCAAAGCAAGCUUCCUUGUAUUAAAGCUUCCAUAUCUGCUACUAUUCUUUCUUCCCCAAAUGGUGAACAUAAUGCUGUAGAAGAUCUUGUGACAAGAUUUAAUGAGGUGAGCUCAUGGGUUACCUGGCUGAUCCUGACUGCAGGUUCAAUGGAGGAGAAACGAGAAGUCUUCUCAUAUUUAGUACAUGUGGCAAAAUGCUGCUGGAAUAUGGGCAACUACAAUGCUGUAAUGGAAUUUUUGGCAGGACUAAGGUCAAGAAAAGUUUUAAAAAUGUGGCAAUUUAUGGACCAGUCUGACAUUGAAACCAUGCGGAGUCUGAAAGAUGCUAUGGCACAACAUGAGUCCUCAUCCGAGUACAGGAAAGUGGUCAACCGGGCACUCAAUAUUCCAGGCUGUAAAGUAGUUCCUUUCUGUGGUGUAUUUUUAAAAGAGCUUUGUGAAAUUUUGGAUGGAGCAUCAAGCCUCAUCAGACUCUGCCCACAGUAUAAUUCCCAGGAUGAGACGUUAGAGUUUGUUUCAGAUUACAGUGGACAAGAUAAUUUCUUGCAACGGGUAGGCCAAGAUGGCUUAAAUAAUCCAGAAAAAGAAUCCACAGCAAACAGUAUAUUUCAAACUAUUCGGAGCUGUAAUCGCAGUUUGGAAUCUGAGGAGGGGGAAGAUAAUCUCAGUGAAGAAAGCAAUUCGAGAAAAAACUCCUUGAAGGACAGAAACCGUUACCAUGCAGUACGUGUAAAGAAAGCUUCUGGUUCAAACCAAGUUCUAUUUAUAAUUGGAGAUCUUUCAGAUUCUGAAAGUGAUAUAUUUGAGCAGUUGAAGGACUGGGACACAAGUUCAGCAGAAGAGCAACAAAAGGCUUUCUGCCAUGGCAUAGAACUCAUUCCCUGGUACGUAUUGUCCAUCAGAGCUGAUGUCCACCAGUUCAUGCUGCAAGGUGCAACUGUCAUCCAUUAUGACCAGGAGACACAUCUUUCAGCACGUUGCUUUCUUCAGCUUCAGCCUGACAAUAGUACUUUGACUUGGACAAAACCCACAACAGUUUGCCCAGCAAAUGCAAAAGCAAAACUGAGUGUCCUGGGUAAUGCUGCUGAGCUUGGCAAAUACCAGUUCCUUGGCAAUAGUGGACUAAAUGGACUGGUGGAAGGUUUUCUGGAUUUGUUUUCAGCCAAGGCUGUGUAUAUGGGACAUUCUGGCAUUGAUAUGCACACUGUGUGUGUUCAAAAUAAACUUUGUAAUAUGUCCCUUGAAGAAAAUGGUAUAACACUACUUUACGGACUUCAGACUACUGAUAAUAAGUUGCUGCACUUUGUUGCUCCAAAAUAUACUGCCAGAAUGCUCUACGAUGGACUGCUGGAAUUGACUAAAGCUGUAAGAAAAAUGAGGAGAUUUCCUGAUCAGAGAUUACAGUGGCUACGGAAACAGUAUGUCAGCCUCUACCAGGAGGAUGGAAGGUUUGAAGGCCCAACCUUGGCUCAGGCUGUCGAACUGUUUGGAGGCAGACGAUGGAGCACAAGGAACACGAGCACAGGAACUCUGACCAAAAGCACUGAGAAACCUAGUGUGCAGAGAAACAACACUCUGGGAAUAAAUGCAGCUAAGAAGAAGAAGAAAGUACUCAUGAGGGGUGAAAGUGGAGAGGCUACUGAUGAUGAAAUGGCAACUCGGAAGGCAAAAAGCUGCAAGGAAUAUCGAAACAGAAGUGGUUCAGAUCCUCAAGAUAUUGAUGAACAAGAAGAAUCAGAUCAAAAUAUUAUUAUUAAUGCUUCUCCAUCUAACACCCUGUCAUCAAGAAGAGCUCACUCUUUGACAGCAUCUGGACCUCCUCAUUUAGGAGCUUCCACGUCCUCACCAGCCAGACCAGUGUCCUCUCCUGUAAUGUCUUCAAGCAAGAGUCAGUCGAGCACGUGGAGCAGCAGUAGCUGGCACGGCCGUGUUAAAGGAGGAAUGAAGGGAUUCCAGAACUUCAUGGUUUCUGACAGUAACAUGACUUUUGUGGAAUUUGUGGAGCUCUUCAAAUCUUUCAGUGUCCGUAGCCGCAAAGACCUUAAAGACCUUUUCGAUGUCUAUGCUGUGCCUUGCAAUCGAUCUGGUCUAGAGCCUACUCCACUUUAUACUAAUUUGAAGAUUGAUGAAAACAGCAUUGGAUUCCAACCCGAUUUAGAUUUGUUGACUAGGAAUGUUUCAGACCUUGGUUUGUUCAUUAAGAGUAGGCAGCAGUUGUCAGAUAACCAGAGGCAAAUAUCUGAUGCUAUUGCUGCUGCCAGCAUUGUAACUAAUGGUACUGGAGUGGAAAGCACAUCACUGGGGGUAUUUGGUGUGGGCAUCCAGCAGCUGAACGACUUCCUUGUGAACUGCCAAGGAGAGCACUGCACCUAUGAUGAAAUCCUCAGCAUUAUCCAGAAGUUUGAACCCAGUGUCAAUAUGUGCCAGCAGGGGCUACUAUCUUUCGAAGGAUUUGCGAGGUUUUUGAUGGAUAAAGACAACUUUGCCUCCAAAAAUGAUGAGUCACAAGAGAAUGCUGAGGACUUGCAGUUUCCACUGUCAUAUUACUAUAUUGAAUCUUCCCACAAUACCUACCUUACUGGCCAUCAGCUUAAAGGGGAAUCCUCAGUGGAGCUCUAUAGCCAGGUUCUCUUACAAGGCUGUAGAAGUGUCGAAUUAGACUGCUGGGAUGGCGAUGAUGGGAUGCCUAUCAUUUACCAUGGACACACUCUCACUACUAAGAUCUCUUUUAAGGAGGUAGUUGAAGCCAUUGAUCGCAAUGCAUUUAUCACCUCUGACAUGCCAAUUAUCAUAUCCAUAGAAAACCACUGUUCCUUACCUCAGCAGCGCAAGAUGGCUGAAAUUUUCAAGAAUGUAUUUGGAGAUAAGCUGGUGACCAAGUUUUUAUUUGAGAGUGACUUUUCUGACGACCCCAUGCUUCCUUCACCUGACCAACUGAAAAGAAAAAUCCUGCUUAAAAAUAAGAAGCUCAAAGCCCAUCAAACACCAGUGGAUAUAUUGAAACAGAAGGCUCACCAGCUGGCGCAUAUGCAAGCACAGGCUAGCAAUGGUGCUAGCAACCCCACACCUGCCAAUGAAGAGGAAGAAGAUGAAGAGGAUGAGUAUGACUAUGACUAUGAAUCUCUCUCUGAUGCAGAUGUCCUUAAUGCUUCUCCUGCUCCUAACAGCCAGGAAGAUAACAUUCUUGACGACCGACCUGAGAAUAAAUUAUCAAGUGAUAAGCUGCAGUUUGAAUAUAAUGAAGAGACUGCCAAAAGAAUAAAGAAGGCUGAUUGUGCUACUUACAGUAAUAAAGGAAAGGUUUACGACAUGGAACUGGGAGAAGAAUUCUAUCUUCCACAAAACAAGAAGGAAAGCCGACAGAUAGCCCCAGAGCUAUCAGAUCUUGUCAUUUACUGUCAAGCUGUGAAGUUCCCAGGCUUAUCAACUCUAAACCCAUCUGGCUCUAGCAGAGGAAAAGAAAGAAAAAGCAGGAAGUCCAUUUUUGGCAACAAUCCUGGUAGACUGAGCCCUGGGGAGUCAGCUACUCUUGCCAAAGCAUCUGGAAAAGGUCCUUUUGAUGUGAUGCGGCAGACGUGGGAAGACCCUUCCUCUCCUUACAACUCUCCAGCUUCUCUCAGUGCUAUUAUAAGGACGCCCAAGUGCUACCACAUCUCCUCCCUGAACGAGAACGCUGCCAAGCGGCUGUGCCGGCGGUACUCCCAGAAGCUGAUCCAGCACACCACCUGCCAGCUCCUGCGGACGUACCCUGCUGCCACACGCAUCGACUCCUCCAAUCCCCAUCCACUCAUCUUCUGGCUCCAUGGCGUGCAACUCGUGGCUCUUAACUACCAGACAGACGAUCUUCCCCUGCAACUCAAUGCAGCAAUGUUUGAGGCGAAUGGUGGCUGUGGAUAUGUUCUGAAACCUCCUGUUCUAUGGGAUAAGAAUUGCUCAAUGUACCAGCAGUUUUGUCCAUUAGAAAGAGAUCUUGAUAAUAAGGAACCAGCUAUAUAUUCUUUAACAAUCGUGUCUGGGCAGAACGUGUGCCCCAGCAACAGUACAGGAAGUCCCUGCAUUGAAAUCGAUGUGCUCGGGAUGCCCCUGGACAGCUGCCAUUUCCGGACCAAACCCAUUCAUCGCAACACACUCAACCCAAUGUGGAACGAGCAGUUUCUUUUCCGGGUUCAUUUUGAAGAUUUGGUCUUUCUUCGGUUUGCAGUUGUUGAAAAUAACAGUUCAGCUAUAACGGCUCAGAGAAUCAUUCCACUGAAAGCUCUGAAAAGAGGCUAUAGACAUGUCCAGCUCCAUAACCUGCACAAUGAGGCACUGGAAAUCUCUAGUUUGUUCGUAAACAGUCGGAGGAUGGAAGAAAGUCCCUCUGGAAAUACUGUGCCCGCAUCUAUAUUGUUUAGUUCAGGUGAAAGGAAAGCCUCUGUGCCUUACAAAGUGACAAUCCAUGGAAUUCCAGGCCCGGAGCCCUUCACUGUUUUUAACAUCAGUGGAGGGACCACGGCUGCACAGCUUCUCCAUCAGAUCUUGGAGACCACAAAAGGCACCGAGUCCUGUGCUUCAGACUAUUUUCUGAUGGAAGAGAAAAGUUUUUUAUCUAAAGAAAAGAGUGAAUGCAGAAAACCACCAUUCCAGAGAGUAAUUGGUCCUGAAGAAGGGCUUGUGCAGCUCUUGAACAGUUGGUUCCCAGAAGAAGGAUAUGUUGGAAGAAUCAUCUUUAAAACCCGAGAGGAAAAUUUAAAUGAGAGAAACGUCUUUCAAGAAGCAAAGGAAGAUGCAGCCAUCACCUCGGAGGAUGACAGUUUCUUCGUUCAGGUACACGAUGUCUCCCCCGAGCAGCCACGCACUGUCAUCAAGGCACCACGCUUCAGCACCGCGCAGGAUGUCAUACAGCAGACUCUUUGCAAAGCCAAGUAUUCCUACAGCAUUCUGAGCAAUCCAAAUCCAAGCGACUAUGUCCUCCUCGAAGAGGUGACAAAAGAGCCAACAAACAAGAAGUCCUCAACAUCUAAACCAUCUCAGAGGAUUCUCUCCGAUCAAGAGUGUGUGUUUCAGGCCCAAAGCAAGUGGAAGGGAGCUGGAAAAUUUAUUCUUAAACUCAAAGAACAGGUUCAGGCAGCACGAGAUGACAAAAGAAAAGGCAUUUCCUUUACCAGUGAGCUCAAAAAGCUGACCAAGUCAAGUAAGCAGUACCGAGGCUUCAUUUCACCACCCCUGCAAGUCCUGCCUGAUAGCCCACAAAAUAAGGAUGACAGGCCCAUGUGCAGCUUGACUUUUAGUGACGUUAUGGAAUAGUCACCACCAGUGCUUCCAGUACAGUCUGUGCAGGCGACGAAGGCAACACUAAAUCACCAACAGAAUUCAAGCGCAACAAAGUAGAUUGUGGAAAAAUCCCAGUCACAUUCCCUCCUCUCCAGCAUUUGUUCUUUCAUUUAUUCUGCAAACUGGAAUUUACAACACUGAACCCUUCUCCAGUGCCCUUGAAGGAAUCUGCUGAGGUCUGAACUGGUCGGCAAUUGUUUGGUCUGUGCUUUUAAUGCUUAACCAGGCAGUGAUGCUGGAUUAACAUUCAGAAUCUGGGAAUGCUACAUGGGAUGGCAGAUUGGAGAGCUGCCUGUCAGCUCCCCGCUAUCUUCACUUGUGCAAAGUCUUGACAGGCAGAUGAAGAAUUUUUCUUGGACUGUAUGUUGUAAACAAACAUAUUACCACCCUGUCUCCUUUUUAAACAAAAGAUUUUAGCUAAUUGCCUUAAGGGAAACCAAAGGCAGAGAACCAGAGUGUUCUUUUAUGUGUAUUAUAUUAAAAUAAUGCACUUUUACAUAAAGAUUCCUGUUGAACACUGUGUUUAGUGACUGUAAAGAGAUUUAAAUAUACUGUAACUUCCUUGGCUUAUCAGUUUAACUUUGGUGAAUAUACACAAAUUGCUCAAGUUAUUUAUGGUUUAUCUGCUUUAACAAAAUAUUGUACAGUAGUUAAAUACACCUAACUGGUAGUGAUACUUUGACAAAGAACAACAUUAUCAUCUUAUAAAGUCUAGUUUUCCAGGCUUGCGUUUAAAGAGAGAAUAUUUAUUAUCAUGUCCCAAAGUAUGUGUCAUUGUGUAAUAUAUUUAUCAUACAUUACUUUUUAGAAACUAUAGAAUUUUCACCUCCCUCUGGAUUUAGAGGAAAAAAAUGUUUGAACUUUCCUGCUUGUUUCUUUUCAGCACAAGAAGUCUGAUACCCCAAACUGACCAAACUCAGAGUACUGAAAAACAUAAUUAACACUUCAGCAUUGUAUGAAAAUGCCUACAGUUGUUUUUUUUUACUUACUAUUUAAACCCAGAGAGCAUAAACACUCUUACACUACCACGCUUGACACUUCGUUUACAUAGAAACGCUGUCAAAGUCUGAUGUUUGCUGAAUUCAUCUUUUGAUAUUUAAGAUAUUAUGGUUGCCUCUUUUUUUACUCCAUGGAAGUUAUUAAUUUUUUUAGUUAAUUAAUCUAUAUAUACCAACUUACGAGGGAACAAAUAAAACAAUUGCUGAAACCACCCAUCCCUUCCAUUUCCCAUACAAAGUAUACCUUUGGUGAUUAAGUAUUUGGCCCUGCACACAUUUGCGCUCCCUGGAGCACUCCCUGAACCACACAUUGUUAGCUGUCUGACUCCAGUGAGAAUCCAUGCUAUAGGGAUUGAUUCUUGCGGUCACAGCCUGCAUGCUGACUUUAGCACUUAAAGACAAACUGCUGCUGCUCCUAAGAGAGUCUGCAUCAGGCAAAGAAUAGAAUAGCACUGCAGCUGCAACAAGGAUGUGCACUUUUGGUAGCGUAAGGAUGAAAGGAAAGGAAGGUUCCCUAUCUGCAGAUGGUAGACGUCCUUCCUCUCCCAGUAAUUACAGAAUAAACCAAAAGAAAGCCAACUCAUGCUCUGAUAUAUAAAUAAGCAGGUAGAAGCUACAUUUUCCCACCAGUUUCUUUUACAAUGCACUACUGAGAAUUCCUGUCUGACAGAUGCUAACAAGGCAAAACGUGCCCCCUUGAGGUCAUUUCCAACUAUCAGGAAAAAUAACCACGGACCUGGUCACAUAUCCCUCGCUCCCAGUGCUUAUCUUUAGUACUAAGACAGAAAAACUGUUUUCUUAGCAUAAUUAAUUUGAUAUGGAAUACUUCGGAAUUAUUGGGAAAUGCAUCAACCCACCGCACAAUUCGACUAAUGCAGCAGGUUCUUAAAUGCUAGCCUUUUUCUGUUAUUUUAGCACAGUGGCAGUUUCAUAUCACUAACUUUUUUCUUGCAGUGCUUUGGGUAUUUUUAGAAAUAAGAAUUAUUAUCCUAUAGAGUUUAUCCUUAACUAUUUGACUUCUUUAAAAAAAAUAUUCAGCAGUACUGAAAACAGAAUCCUUAAUAUCACUCUUAGCACCACGCUUGCUCCAACAUACAAAACCCUUACAUGCAUUUCAUCAGCCAGUAAUAGUUUUCUUUCACAUAGAUUUAAACUAAAAAAAGAAAUCUUGAGAAAUUCAGGGGCAACAGCAGCAGUGUCACAAGGUGUAAUGCAGCUCCACCACUGGCACAAAGUCUAGUGGAACUUAGGAAUAGCAGUUAAGUACUUUUUCUGCUAAUACAAUAACUCUCCAGUUGUUGGAAAAGUUGAUUAAUUUAAGUAUCUUCCUCAUCGGCCAAGGUCUAAAACUGCUUUCUCUGCUGUUUGUCACAGUAAAACAGAACAGGGAAAUAUUUAUCUAGAAUUUUGUCAGGCUAAUUAUAAUGUUCCAGUACUUUCAUUAAUGCACAAAUAUCACAACCUCAAGUUACAGAAAGGUUCUGGCUGGUGCCAAGUGUCAGAGUGAGGGGUUUUUUUUUUGCAAGUGAAAUGCAGUUCCCUUUUGGUGCAGAUGGAAAGCAAGAGAUUUCCCUUCCACUUGUGUUCAUUCCAAAUAUCCCACUAAUGAAAAUUUGCCACCCCUUAAAGCAUUAAAGAGGUUUGGGGUUUUGUUAGGUUUUAAGAAAUCUCAGAUAAAUGCAUUUCAUGUGAAAAAAAAAGUUUCAAUUCUACCAGGAAAAUUUAUUUUACUUAUCCACAGAUGAUUUUCUUUCUGCAGGAAUACUUGCCCACACAUUCCUCUGAUAAAACACCUUUGUCCCUUUCUGUGCUUUUGGCUGGGUACGGACUUCAAUUAGGAAAAUACAUUCAUUUUCACAUUACAAACUAUUUACAGGAAACAGCUUCCAGGAUAAAGUCUGAAAGAAAGGAAUGUAAAUAAGCAACACCUUCCAGAAAAAAGCACUGAGUGGUAGCAGGCCCCGUUCUGAUGAGUUUACAGGUAAAACCCUUGUGCUCAGUUGCCUCUUGGCCAUAUGGGAGUAUUUUAUUCAAUUUUUUUUUUUAAAACCACUGUACUUUUAUACCAACAUCUUUUUGUGAAUCUUUCUUUAUGAUUUUCCUCACAAAGCAUUUGCUGUUUGCAGUGCUGUGAGUAUAUGGGACAACACUUGGGCUGCCAGGGAUUCCGGGCUUGUUCCACUACUGCUCAGUUUUCAGGAGCUGGGGCACACUGGGGGGGAAUUCCUAUGGGCUGAAGGGUUUCCUGUUUAUAUCUUACUCAUCCAACUUAAACGAAGCAGCAAAAUACUGUACAAUUUUUAUAUAGUACAGUUACAAUUUUUAAAUCCUAAUCACCUAUUUUUAUUGAUACUAAAGAGUUUUGCUAGAUGAAGGAACUCAAUAGCCAUCUUUUCAAAGUGGUCUGCUUCCAGAAAUCAUAUGCUUCUAGGAAUUAAUUAAAGACUUCAACUAGUAAUCUAUAGGAACGUGUUCCUGAAAUAUUCAGGAAAUAUUUGUCUCUAAAAAAAUAACUUGCUGGUAGCUUUCCAGUUCAGUGAAAGGCUGAGUCUGCAGCUUCUGAAACAGAACUCUCUGCCUUCUGCUCUUGCUCUCUGAAUGCUGCUAAGCUUCACUAAUGUUUGUUUGUUAAUCGCUGGCUCCUAGUAGACUGCUACAAAACUCAGUUUACUUUUGGGGUAUCCCACUAAAUGUAACAAUGGUGGAGUUUUUUCACUAUGUAAUAAAUAUUUUGUAACUGCAAUAGUGAUAGGCAUUUGACAGGGUUAGCAAAUUAAACACAAAAACAAAUAACAAUGAAUAGAUUUUGCUCCAGUACUUGCAUAGAGUAUUUCAGAAAGACUUGUUAGCUCCACACUCACCUUCCUCUGCCUCCUAACGCAUGUCAUGGCAUUCUGACAGUGCGGAGUCACCACGUGCCAGUCAUUAGAUUGUUUGGAAACUAUGUAAAAUGAACAAUUCUAAAAGCAACUUUCCACCUAGGCUAUUUCCUCCUUGCUGACUUGAAGAAUAAACUUGUAUUUGUAUAUGUUGUAAAAAAUAAAUGGUUUAAGAUGUU